AUGAAAGUGUCAACAAAGUUGAUCGUUGUGGCUGCCUUGGCUGUAUUGAGCACCACCGCAAAUGCCCGGUCCGAGACCACAACCGCCAUUGCAUCUGAACCAUACGAUAAUAACGCUGAGCAAAGACAUCUCUCGACACCCAGCUUUGAUUCCGCGAUUGAUUUAUUAACAGACACUGGCUCAGCGCCACCAGCAGAUUCAGGUGAGGAUCAGGAGGCGUACGGACCUGAGUCGACGCCCGACGAUAGCUCAAUCUCGACACCCUCUACGGAAGGCUUAACGACCGAGUCAGCUGAAGAAACGAACUUGACCUCGCAAGACGAUCUCGGUUUGACUUCGGAGACAUCUAAAACAAAUGAUCAUGCUUCGGGCUUGACAAUCGAAAAUACUUCGACUGAACCGUCCGAAUCUAGCUUGACCUCGCACUACGAUCUUGGUCUGGCUUCGGAGACAUCGGAAACAGAUGAUCAUGCAUCAGGCCCGGGAACCGAAGAUGCUUCGACCGAAGCGUCCGUGGAAGCAAGUACAACCGUCUCCAAUGACGAGACGAGCCUAUUGGGUUCGGCGCAUGAGCAAACUCCAUCGGAUAGCAGCUUCACGGACGAGGAGAAAUCGAUCUGGAUCGAGCGUCACAACUUCUUCCGAGUGGCAGGCUUACCUUGGGCAGCAGGUAAUAUGAAGCGAAUCGGUUGGGAUAAUGACUUAGCAAAGGAAGCUGCGUUGGCAGCUGCUAGCUGCGCUGCUACCACGUCUACCGGUAUCAACGUCUUCAAGUCCACGUCAACAGACUCGCCUACGGUGAUAGAGGAAGCGAUCAACGCUUGGGUGAUUGAGCCUUCGUUGUCUAACAUCGGAUCGGUGGUUCCACCGGCAGUGGCAGGCGACGGUGUUGGUGCAGGACUUUACAACGCUUACACACAAGUUGUCUGGGCGUCAACGACGAACGUCGGAUGUGCCAUGGCCCCUUGCUCUGGUGGAUCGAUGGUUGUGUGUCAAUAUUCGCCAGCAGGAAACGAUGGCAAGUCUGCGUGGUUCGUCCACGAUGCACAGGCGAAGCAAUGUCCGACAGGAACCACAGCUGCCAGCGGGCUUUGCAUUGUUGAAGGAGACCCAGCAAAUGACCUCAUCGCACCGGUCCCCAAGGAUAAACAAAGUCUUCAGGUUUACCCGACGUUUAUUGCCGACAUUAUGGCGGCGAUUUUGAAGGCAGCACAGGAGAGAGACGCAGCUGGAGCAAGUAUGCAAACGGUAAUUACUCCGGAUGGACCAGCGCACGAACCAUCUUCGCCCGAUGGUGGAGGCUUGGAUGUCACCUUCACUGAUGACGUGAUGACUGAAGACUACUUAUCUUCCUGCUCCUAUGAUAUGAUGGAACCUCCUUCAGACCCUACAACUGAUUCAUUUCAUGGAGCAACUAAUGGUGUACCAGAAGAUCUGGUCAUCGACACUGGGCUAUAUGGCGAACCGACUGAAUCGCCAGACCUUGAGAAUUCUAAUUCGCCUACUGGCAUGGAACUCAAUUUGGACUCAACGAACGAAGACAGCUUACAAAUCGACUCGACUGGAUUGCCGGACCUUGAGGAUUAUCCUGGCAUGGAACUCAAUCCGGACUCAACGAACUUAGAUAGCUUGCCCUCCAAAUCGCCAGAUACGAUGGAGUCCUUGUCGCCUGAUGACUUGGCGUACGAUGUGUCCACGGAUUCCGCAAUGCAAUCUCUUACUGCAUCUUCAAGUGACACGUACUCGAGCUUAAGGACCGCUUCAGAGCCAUCCUAUGAAAGUGAACUUCCGGGCGAGGUAAAGCCGGGAGUGGAAACAGAUUCACACAAUGCGAAUCCAGACAAGUCGUCAUCGUCGUUGGAAUCGGUGGCGAUCAAUUCGGACAGUGCCUCUGACACAGACCCGACACAGCAGGACGAUUCGGCAAAGUCGAAACCUAGCAAGGAUUUAACAGCCUCUGCGAAAUCUACGGACUCGAAAACGACUGUCUUAGCGGUUAAUCGGUCGGCCGUUGAAGCUGUUCCCAAGCGCAUUUUUCUGUCACCAGCAGGUAUUGCCGGAAUCAUUGUGCUAGGCGUUGUGGCCGUUGCCGCUUUGGCCGUUUUCGUAAGCUACCGUAAGAAUCAGCAACGACAGCGUGACAUCAUGCGCGACGGUGGUAUUGAAGUCAUUUAA